CCUCCGACCUGGCAGGCGCUCUCCUCUCCUGCCCAGCCUCCUCCCCAGCCUUCGGAUCUCUCCAAGUGUCCCAUGGCCAACUGCGAAUUCAGCCCUGUGUCCGGGGACAAACCUUGCUGCCGGCUCUCUAGGAAAGCCCAGGUCGGUCUCGGAGUGGGUGUCCUGCUCCUCCUGAUCAUCCUUGUGGUGGCCGUGGUCGCAGUUGUGAGGUGGCGCUCACCCCUGGAGUGGAAUGGGGAGGGUACCACCAAGCACUUCUCUGAGAUCUUCCUGGGACGAUGUUUCGUCUACACUCAAAUCAUCAGGCCUGAGCUGAGAAAUAAAGAUUGCACACAGAUAAUGGCUGCAUUCAAAGGAGCAUUUAUUUCAAAGAACCCUUGCAGCAUCACCAAAGAAGACUAUCAGCCACUCAUUCAGUUAGACACCGAAGCAGUUCCUUGCAACAAGACUCUCUUUUGGAGCAAAUCUAAAGAUCUGGCCCAUCAGUACACGUGGGUCCAUGGGAAUAUAUUCACCCUGGAGGACACUCUGCUGGGCUACAUUGCUGAUGACCUCACAUGGUGUGGAGACCCCAGUACUUCUGAAGUGAACGAGCAGUCUUGCCCACAUUGGAAGAAAGACAACUGCCCUAACAAUGCUGCCUCGGUGUUCUGGAAAGUGGUGUCCCAGAAGUUUGCAGAAGCUGCCUGUGGUGUGGUCCAAGUGAUGCUCAAUGGCAGUCUCAGUGAACCCUUUUACAGAAACAGCACUUUUGGAAGUGUGGAACUCCUUAAUUUGAAUCCAAGAAAGGUUCAUACUCUUCAGGCUUGGGUGAUGCAUGACAUUGGAGGAGCUACCAGUAACUCAUGCUCCGGCUCGUCUCUCAAUGAGCUAAAGCUGAUAGCAAUGUCAAGGAACAUUACAUUUGUCUGCCAGGAUAACUACAGGCCUGUCAGGUUUGUUCAGUGCGUGAAAAAUCCUGAGGAUUCGUAUUGCAUCUCUGAUGUCUGAGCCAUGGUUGAAUAGAUCUUAGAUGGCCUGCAGAAGGCCAACAUGCAUGACUCAGAAGGCAAGCUGGGAGAGCUGAAGAUUUCUGGGCAAGGUCUCUGUCACUGCAUCAACAUUGGAGAUGAAAGCAUUUCCCUCCAAACUACUACAAUGAACUGCGUUGUCAGCAUAGUUUCUAUUAUGUCCUGCAAGUAUUACAAAAAAAAAAAAAAACCACCUAUGUACUGUUUAAAGUUAGAAUUCAAAUUUUAUCUUAUUUCAUUUUAACUUCUUCAUGUGGCGCUUUUACGUUGUUGUGCAUUGUGUGUAUUGGUCACAUCUUUUGUGGGGUGAUGGGGAUUAAACCAAGAAACAUUCCAGCACAGCUGGAAACAUACUUAUUGAAAAUGACUACACAAAACCUCUCUUGUUAGAACUUGCAAAUGAAGAAAAUGAAAUGUUCAAGAUUUUCACAAGACACCACAUUUUCAAAUUAAUGGCAUUGUUUCAUGAUGUUAUGUAUCCUUCCUAUAGGUACUACAAAAUUCAUGGCUGUUAUGGGGAAAGUGUUCUGUAGGAUUUAAGCCAUCUAAGUACUUGGUGCCUUUACUCCAACCAAUUUUGCAGAGCUAUUUUUUCAUUCUUUUUAAAUGAGAAAAGAGCUCAGAGAGAUUAUAUAAUUUGUCUAAUGUCAUACAUUUAAAAUGAAGGUUGUAGUUGAAUUUAAACUCAUCGCUGUCCAAAUACAAAAGAUAUAUGUGAGAAACUUCUUUUUCCAGGUCUUCAAUGCCAAGCCGACAGUAGCUUAUGCUCUAUCCCAACAAAAGUGUGUUGGAUGAAAAUGAUUGCAGUAUAAUAUGCAAUGUGAUUAUUCUGGGUGGUUUCAAAACAGACUAAAUUUCCUUUUUUUUCCCCUUC